UAUAACGUUGGUUGACAGCUCAAAACCCUUCUUUCUUGCUCGUGCAGACCCUUUUCUCGACUCUUAGUACCCGAACCGCUGCAGCAACUAGUUGCACUGCAUUCGCUCUUCUUUCUCCCAUCGAACCUUCGUUGACCGCCUGUUGACCCUCGCUCGUUCGGACGGCCUUAUCGAUACCGCUGUUGACCAGGCUACCCUCGACGCGCGCCCCUCUAUACACCAGGGAGAGGUAUUACCACGUUUCACGACCGCCAUUCCAUCUGGCCGCCGAAAGGACAGGAUUAGUGGGCGAAUAGGUCAUUCCUCGUUUCACGACCGUGGACUCGGGCUCCAUACCUGCACAAGGCAUGCAUCAACCCGCCGUUAUGAGCCGCAACCCUCCCCUUGAGCUUGAGCUACCAAGGGCCCCGUUCGCAACCCACACUUCGCCCCGGGACGCACGCGUGCAGCCAUACCACACUAGACAACAGUCAGCUCACCUUGCUGAAGACGAGCUGCAUAGCUUCGACGACGUCGACAUUACCGGAAUACAGCCACCGCCUUCCGCAUUUACCUCGACGACCGCCUACGACCCGCACUCAGAUGCCCCUUCCCCUUUACAAGACUACCAACAGUCUGCCCGCAGCAGCCACCAGCGUACUCUGACAGGCACGCUUUUCGACAACUGCCAGCCCUUCCUCAACCGCGCAACAUCAACCAUACAACAGCAUACUACCCGAGCAUCUCUUCAUUCGCCCACCAAAUCCCUCGCUAGCUUCAUACCGUCGAGAAGCACGGUUGAGUCGAGCAGUCCGCCCAAGAUCAGGGCGCUGCAGAACUGGUUCAACGGCUCUUCUGCGCCUGUGAAGCUCGGCGUAUCGUCACAGCACCAGGAGUAUUCGGACUCGGAGUCGGAAUCGGGAGAAGAGUACGAUUCUGAGGAGGAGGAAGAAGAAGAGAAGGAGGCGAAGAACAACAUGGUUGCCAACAUCUUCAACCGCGGGUCUACGCUGACAAGAGGAUUUUCGGAAAGCUCAAUGCGGUCUGCGGGCACCUCGACCCCUACCAAAGCACCGAGCCAGCCGACUGCUGGCAGCAAAUUCGCGUGGCUGCUGUCGACGCAAAAGAACAACUCGCUACCCCCGCCGGUCCCUUCGCCGACAUACCACGACCCGGACGACGAGCUUCUCAAUCUCAGCAUCUCGCAGGCUCUAUUUCCGCACGGCCCGACAGAUCCUUUAGCCGCCUCGUCCUUUCACGAUCUCCUCACCAACGCGGAGAGUCUCCUUUCCCGUUAUCAGGCGUCUUACCGCCAGGUAUCUACCUCGUUAGUUGACGCGCGCUCCGAGCUGAGUGCACAGGAAGACGAACUUGACGAGGCCGACACGAGGGCCCGUCACCUCAAGAUGCAGCUUGAGACCAUGGCCGCGCGAGCAAACGAGCAGGAUGAGCAGAUGCGCAAGCUCAUGGACGAUCUCGCGUUCGAGCGACGCGCAAGGCAAGAAGAGGAAGCAGCGCGGAAGAGGAGUCUUGCACUCAUCAGGGGGCCGGCGCAUUGCGAGCACAACACGUGCCAGGACGCACCACGACGUCGCAACCGUAUUUCCAAUUCUGACAUCAGUGUCGAUUCUGGGUUCGAGUCAGAAGCUGAGACUGAUGCAGCGAGCGUCUUUUCGAGAAAUUGCUUGAGCCCUACCGGUACGGAUCGAUCUUCCGUUCUCGAGAGCGAAGUCAACGACACCACACCCAAGGGGAGGAAGCCCCAACUCGUGCAGCGACAGAGUACCUACGACAAGGUUCGCGACGGCUCAGUCAACCUAAAACAGGGCGGGUGGGGUUGUGCAAACUGCGAAGGCGGCGCGCAAGCUGCUGUUUGGGGGCGCUUAGCGAAGGAGCGAGAGGAGAACCGCACGCUCCGGCACCGUGUGGAGUCGCUGGAGGAGGCCGUUGAGGGCGCUCUGAAUGUGGUCGAUGGACCUUGGGGGAUGUAAAUAAGAUACCAGUCAUCGGCAUGCGUUGGAGUUUGGGCCAGGUUGGAUACGGCGCGUUGUAUUGUACUACCGGAUUUGAUUGUGGCAUUUCAGCGUGAGCGCAUAGCAUAGCAUCAAUAUCGACUAUAUUUCCAAGACUGUC